CGGCGUUGCGCAAUGCUAACCACUUUAUAAUUUGGGGCUAAAAAUAAUUUUUUUUUUGGAAAUUUGAUCCUUUUUAUAUAUUUUAACGCGUAAAAACAACUUUUGUUGCGAAAUUUUGGGUUUGUAGAAAACACAAAGAGCUGUAGUUGACAUGAAUGUGGCAAGAAGCACAACAAAAAAUAAUCUUAAAACACUUCUCGCAAGCUUUUACUACCAGCGAGUUCUUCCUUGCGUUGCAAUGCGGCACAUUCGAGUAUCAUGGGUUCACAGAAACAUCAAAGAUGUAAAAGUUAUUGAUAAUCAUAUCACUCGGGUGACUUGGGAUGAUAACGAAACCUGUGAUUAUCCACAUAUAUUCCUCAGAGAUAACUGCCAAUGUUCCACUUGUUUUCAUCCUUAUUCAAAACAAAGAUUACUCGAUACCGUAAAAAACAUCAACGACAACGAAUCCACUGGAGAUGUUUCCGUCACAUGGCCUGAUAAACACGUCAGCUUGUUUUCAAGUAAGUGGUUAAAGGAAAGAAAAUUCCCGAAGGAAGGGGACAAGAUAUCUUCCACCGUAUUCAAAAACAUUCGUACGAUAAAAUGGACAUCACAGUAUAUGAAAGAAAAUAUGCCUUACAUAAGUUAUCAAGAUCUGAUGAAAGACGACAAAACAUUGGUUCAACAUGUUGAAAAUUUGUUGACAACAGGGCUCAGCAUCGUUAAAGCUGCGCCGGCCGAAUCUGGUGUUUUGCAUAAAAUAACAGAAAGAAUGACGUAUGGCUACAUCCAGAAAACUCAUUAUGGCGAAGUUAUGACAAUCAAAAGCAAACCUUCACCAAGCAAUGUGGCAUUCACCGCAGGCUACCUUCAGUUACACACUGAUUAUUUGGAAUAUCAGCCAGGGCUUCAACUUCUUCAUUGUAUCGAACAAUGCGAUGGGGAAGACUCUGGUGUUAAUCACUUUACUGAUGGUGUUAUGGCAGCAGAAAAAUUAAAUGAACGACAUUCUAACUACUUUGACCUCUUAUCUAAAGUUAAGUUUAAAUUUAACGAUGAAGGCUCAGAUCUGUAUGGCAAAUUUAAUGUUCAGACUGAAAGACCUGUGAUAGGAUUGGAUGCUUUUGGUGAAGUGCAAAGUAUCGCUCAUAAUAAUCAUGUACGCAGCUCAUUUGUCAAUGCUUCAUCAAACACUGUCUACGAAUCAUAUAAAGCACAUUACGAGUUUACGCGCAUUUUGUAUUCGGACAUAUUUGAAUACAAAAUGGAGCCAGGAGAUAUCAUGAUUUUCAAUAACAAACGUAUUCUGCACGGACGGACAUCGUUUGACCCCACUACAUGUUAUUUUAACUGGGAUGAAGUAGCGUCGAUAUAUCGGGUAGCAAAAGCAAGAAUAGAUGAAAACGAGUGAUUUAUAUUGCAAUUGUUUUUUGAAUAUAUCCUAAAAUUAUCCUGAAAUGUUGCUUCUUUUUUUUCAGCCCCUAAAAGAGCACCUGUGUCAAAAAUUAGACAACCUGCCGCAAUUACUGAUGUGCUAAGAAGGCGAGAGCGUUCCAAAAACCAAACCUACACCGAUUUUAUAUUUCCAUGGUUUGUGAAAUUUUUAAUGUUUU